AUGGCAGAUAUUCCCUGGACUGAAGGAGAAUCCAGUGAGACAGUUGCCAACACCAGUUCAGAACUCAUUUUGGAAGCAGACUUCCAGUAUUCCUUGUUUACUGUCAUCUACAGCAUUGUCUUUGUGCUGGGGCUGACAGAAAAUGUCCUGGCUCUGUACCUCCUGUCCUGCAGAGUAAAGCACACUUCUCACUCCUACAUCUACCUGAUUAACCUGGCUCUGGUGGACACCUUGUUUGUUUGUGUGUUGCCUUUUAAAAUCCAUUACCACCUGAAUUGGAACAACUGGAUCUUUGGGGAUGUGGCUUGUAGGAUCACUGGGACCCUGUACUAUAUCAACAUCUACCUCAGCAUUGCCAUCUUCACCUGCAUCUGUGUGGAUCGCUACCUUGCUGUGCUGCACCCCUUCAGCUACAUCCAGAUCAGAGGCAGCCACUACGUGCUGGUGGUCACAGUCCUUUGGGUGGUUGCUCUGAGUGUCAUGGUUCCACUGGUCCUUGGAGGGCCCCUCCACAACAGAGGGGCCAGGAACACAACAGCCUGUUUUGAGAACUUUGCUACGAGCAGCUGGACCUCCCGCAUGGCACCUUACAACAUCCUGGCCUUAGUGUUUGGGUUUGUCAUCCCCUUUUCCAUCAUUCUCAUCCUCUACCCUCUCAUUACCAAGAGGAUCUCCCAGAUCAAACGCAGCAUUCGCAAGAGGAAGGCCCUGAGCACCAUCUACACCAUCCUGCUCAUUUGUACCUUGUGCUUCCUCCCCUAUCACCUCACCCACUUGCUCCACUUCCUAAUGAGAAUCCAGGUCAUCCAGAACCCAGCACUGAUCACCUGGAUCUACAAACUGCGCAGGGUCACCUUGGCUCUCGUGAGCUUCAACUGUUGCCUCAACCCCCUCCUGUACUACUUCUCCUCCUCCAGCAAGCUGUGGCACUUCAACUGCAAGCUCAGGUUCAGGACUAAAAUGGUCUACACCAUCUGUGACCAGAAACUGGGGGAGCUCUCCUAUGUUUACCAACUGCAUCAGACACAGGGAAAUAAAAACCACAGAGAUGGAAUCAACUGA